AUGAGUAACGUGUCUGGAGCUUCUAGUGGUUCGUCAAGUGGACGUUCUGGAGGCAGAGUGUUUGGUGUGCCGAGACUUUGUCAUUGUGGGGUUCAAAUAAUGGAAUUGGUUUCGAAAUCCAGCAACAAUCUGUACCGGCGUUACUAUCGUUGCGGAUAUGCUGUAUCUAAGAAGGCUUAUUUAGAUGAGAUAGAGGCAUUAAAAAUGAAAAAUGCUUCACUUGCGGCAAAACUGGAGACAGUUACAAUGGAGAGGAAUGAGUUUGAGAGAAUAGUGUUUGAGAAUGUGCAAAUGAAGCUUGAGAAGGAGAUUUUCGAGAGAGUUGAAGAGGCUUUGGUUGAAUCAUCUUCUACGAUGAAGAAAAUGAUGGUUGUUGUAGUUGUUUUGUGUAUGGGCAUGGUUGGGUUUAGUAAGCUCUUUGGUUGA